UGAUGUGGCCGAUCGUAACUGGGGACGAGAACGAGGAAGAGGCCCAGGGCAGGGCAGGCCGCCACCCUCGAUUGGUCUCUGGGAGGGACUAACUGUUGCGCAGUCACCAUCAUGGCCUCUUUUGCCUGCCCGACCUUGCGAGCAGCUAGCCUGGGUCACUCCUCCCUACGAAGGAGGCUGAUGCUGCUCAGCCGUCCUGCUGCCGAACCCUUCGGCCCCCGCUCCAGCAGCAGGCGGUCGCGGAACGUCGCUUUCUCCACCACCGCCGCCGCCGCCGGCAUGCAGCCCCGCAUAAGCUUUUCUCCCGCCGGCCGGAGCCUCUUCGACCAGCCGCUGGCCAUCUUAGUCGAAGGGCUCCGGCCGCAACAAGAAGUCACCUUGCGGUUGUCACUGGAAGACGAAACCGCGCAGCGCUUCGAAUCCCGCGCCCUCUACCGGGCGGACAGCGGCGGGCAGCUGGACCUGAGCCGCUCGCCGGCCUUGGAGGGAGAGGGCGGCAGCUUCGCGGGCCUUGAGCCCAUGGGGCUGCUGUGGGCGCUGAGGCCACAGAAGCCCUUGAGGCGCCUGGUGAAACGCGACGUGCAGCGCCCCUUCCGCCUGGAGCUGGAAGUGCUGGAAGGUCACGGCGAGCCCAGCCGUGUCCUGGCCAAGGGCGCCCAUGAGCGGAGCUUUCUGCGGGACGGCGCCAAGAGGAUCCCGGUGCGGGAGGGGAGGAUUCGGGCCACGCUCUUUUUGCCCCCGGGUGAUGGCCCCUUUCCUGGAAUAAUUGAUAUUUAUGGAACUGGAGGAGGACUUCCUGAAUAUCGAGCAUGUCUGAUGGCCAAUUAUGGCUUUGCUAUGUUAGCAUUGGCCUAUUAUGGAUAUGAAGAUCUCCCCAAGGAAAUGAAGGAAUUUCAUCUGGAAUAUUUUGAGGAAGCUGUAAAUUACAUGUUAAAGCAUCCAAAGGUUAAAGGUCCCGGAAUUGGGCUGCUUGGACACUCCAAAGGGGGUGAUUUGUGUAUCUCCAUGGCCUCUUUCUUAAAAGGUAUCACUGUGACAGUCACAAUUAAUGGUUCCAUAGCCAAUGUUGGUGCAACACUUCUCUAUAAGGAUAUCACAAUUCCACCCCUUGGCUUAGAUAUGAAGCGGAUCAAAAUGGACAAGUCUGGAUAUGCUGACAUUAUUGAUGUUCUGAACAACCCACUUGAGGGCCCUGACCGCCAAAGUUUGAUCCCACUGGAGAAGGCUGAUGGACGCUUUCUUUUCAUUGUGAGCAAGGAUGAUCGUAACUGGAAGAGUGAAUUCUUUGCUGUGGAAGCCUCCAAGCUUUUGCAAACUCAUGGGAAAGAAAAACCCGAGAUAAUUUGCUAUCCUGGAGCUGGACACUAUAUUGAACCUCCAUAUAUGCCAAUGUGUCCAGCUUCAAUGCAUCUCUUAGUGGGUCAUCCAGUAACCUGGGGAGGUGAGCCCAAGGCUCAUGCUGCAGCACAGGUGGAUGCUUGGCAGCAGAUCCAAAACUUCUUCCACAAAAACCUCAGUGAACAAGGUGAAAAAUGCAGCAAACUCUGAGACCCUUGUUUAUGAGAUGUGUUUAGCCAAAUAAGUAAGGCUCCUGUUUUCCGCAUCUGAUUUGCUAAAUAAAAUGUUGAGAGAGUAAAAAGAAAACUUUUCAGUUGACUGUUAUCUGCACAUAUAUUUUCAUAUGAGGGGAGACUCUCAAGCGAUGUGGCCAGUAUUGUUGUUCUCUAAAUAUUAUGCCUUAGCUCAUUGUUCAUAUUGUUGUUUUAUAGACUGGGGGCUGGAUAAAGAUGAUAGCUGCAUGCA